CUAGAAAUUCGGUUCAAUCGAAAAGAAGGCGCUACUUGCUCAAGUCGCCUAGCCGAAGCUAAGUGGGGAGACGAAGGGAUAGACCAGGAUAGCUCAACAUCGCAUCCGUCCACCAUCACCGCCUAACAAUAUGGUGUCCAAGCUCGCCCUCGUCGCACUUGUCAGCACUGCAGCUGGUCUGUCGCUGGCCCAACAGUCUUCUCAGUCUACUUCGUCCUCUCCAUCGCCCUCUAGCUCAUCGUCUAGCUCCCAAGCCACCUCCUUGACGAUCGAGUACUACCCGGGUAUUCCCAACACGCUGGACGCAGAGCAGGUCUCUGCCUUCUCUCACGCAAGCCAACUCGCCACGAGCAUCAACCAGACGGCAGCUUUUGCACAGCCGUCGGUCUCGACUACCACUGACAUUCGCGAUAACGUCAUCUCUGCUGUCACAGCUUGCGCGUCUGGCUUCCUGGGCGUCCAGCAGCAGGGAUGCUGCCCCGGUGUCGUCCUGAGCGGGACCUGUUACCGCACAUCGACGGGAUCCCUGGCUUCUUACCAAACAUACUCGGGCUCGUACCUCUCCAAGAAUGAUAAGGACGGUGCUUUGGUCCUUGAACCGCCCAACCUCAAUACACAGAUGGCCUAUUUGGUCAUGUCUUCACUUGCCCUCUUCGCUUUGGGAGGCGCUGUCUUCCUCUAGGCUAUGUAUUGCUACCGUCAAUUGCAAAGAAAUGCUUGAAAUACACAUCUUGUCCUUCCUCUGUC